CCCUACUGCUGUCACCUCCACUGCCAUCACCUCCACAGACGUCACCUCCGCACUUGAAACCUCCACUGCUGUGACAGUCACAGAUGUCACCUCCACAGAUGUGACCUCCACUUCUGCUACCUCCACUGAUGUCACCUCCACAGACAUCACUUCUGGUGUCACCACCACAGAUGUCACCUCAACAGAUGUCACCUCCACUGCUGUCACCACCACUGCUGUCACCUCCUCUGCUGUCACCUCGAGUCCCAUCACAUCCGCAGAUGUCACCUCCACUUCUGCUACCUCUCCUGCUGUCACCUCUACAGAUGUCACCUCCCCCAGUGUCACCCCAACAGACGUCACCUCCUCUCCUGUCACCUCCACUUCUGUUACCUCCACUGCUGUCACCUCCACAGGCAUCACUUCUGGUGUCACCUCCACUGCUGUCACCUCCUCUCCUGUCACCUCCACUGCUGUCACCUCCACUGCUGGCACCACCACUGCUGUCACCUCCACAGCCAUCACUUCUGGUGUCACCAGCACUGCUGCCACUCCCACAGAUGUCACCUCAGCAGAUGCCACCUCCUCUGCUGUCACCUCCAUUGGAGCCACCUCCACCGGUGUCACCUCCUCAGCUGUCACCUCAAGUCCCAUCACCACCACUGCUGUCACUCCUACAGAUGUCACCUCACCUCUUGUCACCUCGAGUGCAAUCACCUCUACUGCUGUCACUUCGAGUGCCAUCAACCCCACCGAUGUCACCUCCACUUCUGCUACCUCCACUGCUGUCACCUCUACAGGCAUCACUUCUGGUGUCACCUCCUCUGGAGCCACUUCCAGUGCUGUCACCUCCUCUCCUGUCACCUCCACUGCU